AUGGUCCCUGCUGUUUUUACAUCUCCAGCCAAACAGCCCCUUCCAAUGAACAUUUACGAGUGCCUAAAAACUUAUAAAGGAACCAAAGUACAAAAAAUGGACUCCGAAAAAGCGUUACUCAACUAUUUUGUUACUCAGUUCCUUAAAAUCGAUCCUGAUAUGAUCGUAGGCUUUGAUAUGCAGGGCUUCCAUAUAAAUGUUUUGGCCAAUCGUUUGAAGAACUACAAGAUAACGUCUUUUAGUAAAUGCAAACUAAAAAGAUCGGAAAUGGGAUGGUUAGAUAGAAUUUUAUUCACUGGACGGUUGGUUUGCGAUAUAAAAAUUUCAGCUAAAGAAUUAAUUAGACUGAGAACGUACGAUCUGGAUUCUUUGUGUCAGCAUGUUCUCAAAAUGCCAGAAAACCAAAGAAUCGAUUUAGAACCAGAUGAAAUACCGAAGAUGUAUGAACAAGCGAACGAUAUUGUUAAACUGAUAACAUACACAAUGCAAGAUACAGCAUAUAUUUUGAAGAUUUUAUAUGAUCUGAGUAUAGUUCCUUUGGCAUUGCAAAUUACAAAUAUUGCUGGAAAUAUAAUGUCAAAGACUUUGUUGGGUGGAAGAUCAGAGAGGAACGAAUUUUUGUUAUUGCACGCUUUUGUAGAAAAAGGAUACAUUGUUCCAGAUAAAGAUAAUCCUUUUAAGAAUGAAACAGAUACCGAACAGAUACCGAAGUCAUCAAGGAAAAAGCCCACUUAUUCAGGUGGUCUUGUUUUGGAUCCAAAAGUGGGUUUUUACGACAGCCUUGUAUUGCUAAUGGAUUUCAAUUCAUUAUACCCCAGUAUUAUACAGGAAUAUAAUAUUUGUUUUACAACAUUGCCUGUAUCUAAAAAGGAUGAAAAUUUGGUCAUUCCGGACAGGAAUUUACCACCUGGAGUUCUACCUAUAGAAAUCAGAAAAUUGGUGGAGAGCAGGAGACAAGUGAAGAAUCUAAUGAAGCCACGUGACUUAUCGCCUGACUUAAGAAUGCAGUAUCACAUACGACAGAUGGCGUUAAAAUUGACAGCCAACAGUAUGUAUGGAUGUUUGGGAUUUGCCAAUUCUCGUUUUUAUGCCAAAAAUUUAGCAGCUUUGGUCACGGAAAAAGGACGAGAAAUCCUCACCAACACCAAAGAUUUAGUCGAAAAAAUGUCCUUUGAAGUAGUCUAUGGCGACACAGACAGUAUCAUGAUAAAUACUAACGUCUUGGACUAUGAUCAAGUGUUCAAAAUAGGCAUCAAAAUCAAACAGGAAGUGAACAAACUCUACAAACAAGUAGAACUCGAUAUUGACGGCGUGUUCCGAUAUCUGCUUCUUUUGAAGAAAAAGAAAUACGCUGCUGUAACACUAACCAAGACUAAAGAUGGUCAAUUGAAGGCUGAAAAAGAAUACAAAGGGUUGGAUAUUGUACGAAGAGAUUGGUCAAGAUUGGCUUCAGAAGCUGGAAAAUUCGUUUUGGAGCAUAUUCUUAGCGAACAAACACAAGAUGACCGUAUAACGAAUAUUCAUAAUUAUUUAACUAAGUUGAAGGAAGAAUUACUUGAAAAUAAAGUGCCAUUACAGUUGUUAGUUAUUACAAAACAACUUACGAAAGAUCCAAAAAUGUAUCCAAAUAAAGAUUCACUUCCGCAUGUUCAAGUUGCAUUGAGGUAUAAUAAGGAAUAUGGCGGUCACUACAGAGCAGGCGACACCGUAAGCUACGUUAUAUGCGACGACGGAUCAACUAAAUCAGCCACGCAAAGAGCAUAUCAUCCGGAGGAAUUAAAAAACAUCGAAAACCUGAAAAUCGACACAAACUAUUACUUAUGCCAGCAAAUCCACCCUGUAGUUUCCAGAAUAUGCGAGCCAAUAGAAGGCACCGAUGCCUAUCAAAUCGCUCUGUGUCUCGGAUUGGAUGGUGCCAACUUUAAAAAGAGCGUACGCCCUGAAAAAAAUGUUGGAGAAAAUAUUACACGACCUGAGGUUAAAUUUAGGAAUGUCAAAAAAUUCAGUUUCAUAUGCCCUACCUGUCAAAAUGUAAAUACAGUGACAGGUCCGUUAAACAAAACCGUGCCUAUUCUUCAAAAAUGUUCGAAUGAGCAAUGUAUGGCUAAGCCAGUUGAUUACAUAUAUUACAUUCAGAAUCAGUUGAGUUUGACCAUAAAUGAACACAUUAGACAGUAUUACCAGUGUAAAUUAAUAUGCGAAGAUCCUGGCUGUCCACAAGAAACUAAUAAGACACCAUUGAGGUUUGCUCGCAAACUACCCGUGUGCAGGAUUUGCGAAGAUUUUGUGAUGUAUAGGGAGUACAGUGAAAAAGAUCUGUUCACUCAAAUCAGUUACUAUGUAUAUAUAUUUGAUUUGAGUCAUUUAACAAAAAAGCCGCUGAUGGAAGAAUCAAUAAGUUAUGGUUACCAGUUACUGCGCCAAACUGCUGUAAAAUAUUUGAAUUACUCGGCCUUUGCUGUGAUAGAUUUGCGCGAAAUAUUUGAAUAUCUAUUAGGGGAGAAACCAGCGUCUGCCUUAUCCAACGACAGCAUAAGAGAUCCUGAUAAUGAGGAAUAUGAUUUUUCAGAUGAAGAAUAAAUCAUAUUUUAUAUAUUAUAUAUGGUGUAAGAUCCGGCUGCAUUAUUAUUACGCAUCGUAUUUUUAAUCAAAACCUAAUUUUUACGUAUAUUUAUGAAUAGAAUACACUUUGCCUAUCAAAAACUUACCGCAACUAUGUUUAAUUAAUAAUAAUAACUGAUUUUUUGGAGACGACAUUACGCUCAUAAAUGUUUUUGAUAAUUUAUAUGUCAAAUUAAAGCUAUUUUUAUUCUGUAUAUAUGAUGUUAUAAGGGUGCCUAUAAAAAAUUUGCCACAAAUAGAGGUUGCCGCGGUUCAAAGUUUUUCCUACGGGUUCGGCAACAGUGCGUCGGGUAUCGGUAGCUCCUAUAAUAAUAAACUUAGGAAUUUUGUAUAAGUGCAUAAACUAAAGUAUAUACUAGGAUGUAUAUCAGGAAAAGAUUUUAACUUCUACAGGGUGGCUCAAAAAAGUGUGAGUAGAUUGGGAUCACUUU